GAUUGAUUUGAUUUCUUUAGCUAUAACCCCUUGAGUAGGUUUAAACACUCGAACUGUAGCAUGUUAAAUUUUGUUUCUCUUAGUGUUAGCUUUCUUAAACCUUUCAUAUUUUCAUCAAUUUUACCUAUGUUCUGUUUAUUAUAAAAUCCUACGUUUAUGUUGUCUAUGUCCAGCAAGUUUGUUUUGAAGAUCAGCUGUCUCUCUUCUUUUCAUCACAUAGAUUCUUUUUACACCCAAAAAUCAUUUUACAUCAUUCAAAAUUUAAGUUAUACUUUAUAAAGAAAGAGCAUAAACAUCUUGAAAAACCUACCUAGCUUGUACCUAUUACGCACGUCGGUGGAGGAUUUUGUGUUGGUUUAGUUCAGAUCCACAACGGAAGGGCCAACAAGAGCAGGGGGGGCUUCUCCUGUCAUCGGAGGAAGACGCAUGAAGCGGCCCUUGUCCUGCUCGAUCAUUUUGCCCCAAACAAUCUUAUCUACAGCAUGGACGAUAAUCGUGCCAUUUCAGCUAAACGCUGGGUUCCUCCCUCUACAGUCAGGCGAGAUGCUCUUUCCCAAGAAGAUAGAAAUGAACUUAUUUUCCGUCGAGUAUUUGAAAAAGCUCUCGAUGAACCGAAAUACAGUUCUAUGUAUGCCCGGCUAUGCCAGCGGCUGUGUGAAGAGGCACCAACUGCAAACACCAAAGAUGGAAGUCAGUGUACUUUCAGACACCUUCUGCUCAACACCUGUAAGGCAGAAUUUGAAGCUAGAACCGAACAUAAGGUGGAUAAAAGGAAGUCCUUAGGUAACAUUAAGUUUGUAGGUGAACUAUGCAAGCUUGGCAUUGUAUCGAAAGUGGUGAUGUUCGACUGCAUGAAGCAGUUAUUGGACAAAAAACCUGAUAUCGAGGAAAUGGCAGAGGAUCUGGAGUGCCUCUGUCAGAUAUUACGUACUUGUGGUCAGGUUCUUGAUUCUGAACAGGCAAGACAAUUAAUGGAUCAGGGACCUGCCAUCAGAGGUGGUGAAAGACCACCGCAGCAAGAAUUGUUCCCCCGACAACUCAAACAACGAACUGGUUUGGAUGUUGUUCUCUCAAGUAGUUUUUCAUUCCCACAACAUGACAAAUUCUCAAAUUCACCUUAUAAUUCCAAUGGAUUCCAAGCACCCUUUCGGGAUCGUGGUCCACAAAGGCAGAACCAUCAUCAUCAACAGCAGAACAACCAUUUCUAUCAACAAAAUAGAUACAACAAUCAGCAUAAUAACAAUAACUCUAAUAAUGUCUCCAAUUCAAAAGAUCUGGCUCCAAGAUUUAUUAAGCGAAUGAUGACCGCUCAUGAACAAUCUGCAGCUAAUUUGGAGCAGGUUUCUCUCAGACCACCAGCACAUUCUAUGCUCUUCAAACCUCCUAAUGCAAAGCCACCCACUCAACUGUACUCAGGUUACCCAGGAAGGACGCCAGGUUUACUUAAUGACAGUUUAACUGCCCCUGCACUUAAAUCUAACCCUCCGAUCCAAACCACGAAGGAGGUACCUAUUCUAAUUAAACCUGUUUCAACAGAUAAAGGAAAGCCAAAUAAGAAAGAAAAGGCUACUUCUAAAGAAGAAACUUUUAAAAAAGUAAGUUCCUUAGCUGAAGAACUGGUUAAUGGAAAUAACAUUGAAGAAAUAAUCAAGAGUUUUACUCAACUUAAAGUUUCUGACCGUUUAAUGCCAGAAUGCCUCCAUAUGAUCAUUCGAAAAUCAUAUGACAAGACUGAUGCUGAAAGGAGUACUGUGGUAACCUUCUUAACCACAUUAAAGAAAGAUGGUGUCAUUAAUUCCAGUCAUUUCCAUGAAACUUUCAGAAAUCUUGUAAAAACGAUCUCUGACCUAGAAUCUACAGUUCCUAAUAUUUAUGCAUAUGUAGCAGAAAUUGCCCAAUCAGCCAUUGUGAAUGACACGCUUACAAUUGCCCUUUUGGGAGAGCUAACAGAAGAUGGUGCAUACUUCCCCCUCCUUUUACUCACUCUUGAACGCCUCAGUAAAGAAAUGGAGAAACAGGAACUUAUUGAGCUGUUUAACGAGAGCAAGGUAAGUUUACUGAAUAGCUUGAGAGAGAAUGAAAGGACAAAAGAGCGGCUUACAACUGUUCUUGAAGAGCGGGGGCUUGUCUUCUUAGAACCAUUGUUGCUACUUGAAGGUGAGCUUUGGGCUGCACUCGAAAGGGAUCCUUCUGCUAACUCUCUGUACCGCUGUGCUAAAGAGAACAUAGCUGCUGCCUAUCAAUCAACUCCAUCUUUUGUAUCAGCCCUUGUCACUGUUUGUCUUAGAUAUAUCACCCAGGAGUCGAUGGGUAAAGGUGUGACAAAUGGUUCAGUUCAUGACAAGGCUGUACAAGAAAAAGAAAAAGCUCUCCUUGAGAGGUUUAAAAGUGUCUUACAGGCUUUCCUCCAUGAGGAUAUUAACCUUCAAGUCACUGCAGUGUAUGCCCUACAAGUGUUUUGUUAUUCUCUGGAGUUUCCCAAAGGCAUGCUUUUGCGGUGGUUUGUAAAUCUCUACGACCUCGAAAUAGUUGAAGAAGAAGCAUUCCUUAAAUGGCGGGAAGAUGUAAAUAAUUGGCUAACUUGGCUGGCAGAAGCAGAAUCCGAAGAAGAGGAGGAGGAAGAUGGAGAUAGUUGAAGUAUUAAUUAUAAAAUCACUUGGGAACAAUUCACAACAUCCAUACUUAAUUCUGAUUUUUUUAUCUUCAUUUCCAGCUUUACUGUCAGCCUUAAAAGGCUUUAUUCCUAAUAAUAACAAUUAUGCAAUUUUUAUAUUUUUAAACCCUUACAGGAUGAUGUUCCACUUAGGUUUAUGUAAACAAGUGUGUGUGAAUUAUGUUUGGUCUCCUAAUUACAUUUUUAUUUAUUGCAUAUAUAUUUAUACAUAUACAUGUUAUUUUAAAUGAACUGUUAUUGUUUUAGUACUGAUAUCUUGCAAUGAUUUGUCUCAGUAGAAUAAUUAUUGCAUGCACAGGUGUUAUAAUGUGUGCAUUAUGUAUAAUAGGUAAAUUGUGUUCACUAUUUGAGCAUUAUUAACAUCUGUAUUUAAGUGGUAUGGCCAUGUUUAAAAGUAAACUCUGGUUCUUUCAACAAAAAUAUUUAACUGUGAAUUUGUAGGUAAUUUUAAAUAUUAUAUUCAAAAUGAUGUGUUAUCUUUCUAUAACUUAAAUGUGUAUUGAACGUGUACGGUAGUGCGUGCGAUUAUGUUAAUAUGUUAAGAAAAAAUGAAUUCUCAAUAGACAAAAAUUAAAAUAUCAUUGUUUUUGUACAUGUUAUGUUGUUUUUUCUUGUUUUCCCUGAUCUAAAUAAAAUAUUACAUUAAUUUUUCUUAUAGUAUUUCAAUGACUGAAAGUAAAUAUCCAAAUUUUAUUGAUAAUAUACUAGCGAGUAUGGUUUAAGUAAAUAUAAUAUUCAUUAAUUGUUUACUCAUAAUUAUAAAUUAUAAAAGUUAUAUUUACUCUCCUUUGAUCGUCACAAAGUGGAAAAAAAUAAAUGAAUAUAAAGAACUUAUAUUUUAUUCCUUUAAUUACUAAUUUUUCAAAAAUUUUAUCGAAACAUUGAGAAAUCUUCCACUUCAACGGGAAGUGAGAGCAGGUCCUAUCUCUGAAGUUAGUCUUAUUACUAUUGAAUAAUACCAUGAAUCUUAGGUGUAAAGCAAAUAAUUUUAAUUGUAUAAUUUAUCUUAUUACGUUUUCCUUUAUACUAUCUGAAAUAAUUUUCAGAUUUUUGUAUAUAUUGUUCGUUCCCUAAAUUUUUAUUGAUAUAAAUUUCGUUUAGUUUAAAGUAUAGAAAUUUUUAAUUUAUGUAACUUUUCAUUACAGAAAAAUAUAUCAGGAUUUUGAAGUUGUGUUGCUAAUUAUUUGAUUUCACUGCCUCAGUUUACUAACAUUCUUUUAUUAAAACAUUCGGACAUCUUGAAAUUGACAAAAUCGAUUAAGAAUAAAAAGCAAUUUUUAAUUAUUUUUUAAAAAUAUAUCUAUAUGUUUUUAAAUACUGGUGUUUUUUACAUUGCUUAUGUAGCAGAAUAUCUUUUUAAAAAUUAAAUUACUAUUUAAAUUUGUCUAAUAAGUAAUUGCUUAAAAAUCUUCUUGUAACCUGAAAAUUAAACUAUUACUCAAAAUUAG